UAGAAAACAUUUUUUGAUGCAAAUUAUAACUGUCCGUCGAACGUCGAAGCAUCUUUGUCUAUUUUUGUGAUUAUUUUCUCUCAAAUGUAAAUUAAUUUUCAAUUCUCUAAUAAGAAAACAACGAUUAAAAGCGAUAAAUACAUUGUCUUGUGAAAAAUGAACAUCCCAAAAGAUCAACAAGAAAACGCAUUCGAUGUGUAAAUUAUGCGAAAUUGAAUUGACAGCCGAAAGCAAAACUGCGCUCAAUUCCUCAAACCCAUAAGAAAGUCUGUUUCUCUGUUUCUACACUGUUUCCGAUUUAAAACAAUAAUUACCGUGCAUCAUACGUUUUAAAUCAAUCUGCAGAUUAAACAUUUGUAUUUUGUUGUUUGUUAUUUAUCCAAAUAAAAGUGCAAGAAAUCGACUAAUCAUGUCGGAUUCUUAUAUGAAAUUCUAUCAAGAAUUCCUUCAAAAGAAGACCGUUUUUACUAAAGAUGCUGAUGGAGAUGAUGCAGAAUCAGCACCCAUCUCCGAAGAAAUACCCAAGGAGAAGGAGCAAAAGAAGGGAGCAACAAAAUCAAAAGAAAAGAAGGAUCAGUUGGAGAAUUCAUCGGAUAUGGAGCAUAGUUACACACGUGAUCUGCGACCACAGCCCGUCCUGACGGGUCUCUCUCCGGCGCGCACUCUCUUGGUGCGCCGUCCGCCGCAAUGCCCGUCGUGUCACACACAUCCUGCUGAUGAGAACAAUGAAACUGAUGAUGCAAAUCAACCCAUUGUUCCGUCAUACAAUGAAACUGCAGCUAAGGACGCUAUGAAUGAGUGUUCGCGUAUAGCGAAAAGCGUGAAAAAUGCCAAUGCUGACGACCAGAACUGGGAGGAGCGUGUUAGCCAAUCCGGUUGGUCAUCUGUUCAAUUGAAACUUUUCGAAAAAGUGGUGAGCAUUCUGGAUUCCGAUCAACUGGGACGUUUGGCGAAUGCUGGACGACAACAUGAACCCAUUCAGAGACGUGUGGUUGUGGACAAGUCCGCUCAGCGUGUGAGAAAAGCUCUGGCUGCAGUGUCGUGGGAUCCAAGGAUAACUCAGUGGUUACAUGGUCUCUUGAUGGAAUGCUUGCCACCUUCGUACAUGGCAUCCUAUUUGGAUAUCCUACAAACUCUGAAGGCCAAGCUUCCGACGCUCAUUGAUAAAAUGCUCUUUGGCCGACCUAUGAACACCAGUCAGGAAUUACUGGCGCCUGUCCUCAAGAAGCAAUGGGAGCCAACCUUGAUCACAGCGAAGAACCGUAGAUUGCCACAAGCUUCGAUCAUCAUUGCAAUUCCAUCAAUACCCAUUAGUGGUACUGUGCCUAGUCGCUUACAAAAAUGGUAUCAAUAUUUAUCUACCAUAACACAGAUUGUCCAAGUAACACUACCAGCAGGAAGUUCAAUGGCAAAGCAACCAUUGGAAAAUAUAGCCGAACAAAUUGUCUCACUGGCUAGAAUAAAAGUUCAAGAGCUGCGCAAUGAACAACCAACGAGAAAUAUCAUUUUGAUUGGUUUCAAUUCUGGUGCAGCAUUGGCUCUGCAAGUUGCUAUGGUUGAGAAUGUUAGUAGUGUCGUAUGCAUGGGCUUUGCCUUUAAUACGCUAAAUGGUGUAAGAGGUACGCCCGAUGACCGAAUACUGGACAUCAAAGUACCCAUACUGUUUGUUGUUGGACAAAAUUCAGCCAGAUCAAGUCAAGAAGAAAUGGAGUCUCUCCGUGAGAAGAUGCAUUCGGACUCAGCUUUAGUAAUUGUCGGAAGCGCUGACGAUGUCUUGCGCGUUCCCAAAAGUAAACGGAAAAUUGAAAAUGUUACCCAAAGCAUGGUCGACACAAUGGUUAUUGACGAAGUAUACGAGUUUAUUAAAAAAAUCAUGGUAAAUCCACCGGGCCCAAGAACACCGAUUGUCAGCAGCAAUAAUGUCCAACCCCCAGUUAGCAUCAAGAAGGUCAGCGCGGGAGAAUUACCAAUAACUCAACGCAAGAGAAAACAAAAUAUGGCCGAUGGUGGUCAGACAGCUGCAAAAAUAAAAUGUAACCCAAAAAGUGUUCAACCAAACACAAUUGGAAGGCCACGAACCAGGCCACUUCCGUCUGAAAUCACCUCAGUUCCACAAUCUACACCAGUCAAGCAGACUACAAUAAAGCAACACACUAUACAACAACCAUCAAAUGAUGAUCUUAAUUUGGCUAUACAGAGUAUCUUGGGUGAUGGUGACACGCCGACCAAAGCCAGUGAAGACGUCCGCAGCGAAGUGACAAAUUUCGAAAUAGUAACUCAGCCAAAAUCUGCGCACAUCAAAACGAUUCUAGGAUCAAGUAUGCGAGCGGGAAAUGCAUUAUCAUUAGGCAGUGGGGCAGGCACUAAAAUAAAAAUGAUUCCCUCGAAUCAAUUUGUCCAGCUUAAGCCACCGAUGCAGAGUCAGACUAAGAUUUACACAAUCAAGCCAACUUCAAUGGCUCCUUCAAACACUACUACUGUUUCGCCCACAGUCUCGGGUAGUCAAAUUUUCACCAUUAAACCCAGCACGACGUCUACCAAUCAGACGCAAAUUAUGAAUGUAAGCGCACAGCCGAAGUUUACUAUACUCAAAACAUCGCCAGUAAAGGGUGCGACAAUAUCUCCAGCGAGCAGUAGUGCGACAUCAACCAAUGACUUAUCAAACAUAUUCGAUAUGCCAAUUAUAUUCGCUGAUAACGACGGCAAUAUCACCGAAUCGGUAUCAAUUUCCAAGGCGCCUAUUUCUACUUCAACGCCCAUUGUUAUUGGUCAGCCAAGUGUUGCCCCAAAUAAAGGUGGCACUUAUGUUAUAAAUACUUCAGCUCUUCAGCAACAACAGCAGCAGCACCAACAGCAACAACAACAACAAAAACCAAAGCCCAACAAACUUGUUUUUAUAAAUAGGAACACAAUGAAACCGUGUCCCAAUAUAAUUUCACGUUCAACGAAUGUACCUCAGUUGCAGAAAUAUACAAAAGUCGUUGUGAAAAAUCCCAAUACAUCAGCUUCAAGUCUAGUAGCGAGACCUGCGCAAGGACAACAACAGCUAAUAAAAACAACUGACAGAAUUAUCAAGCCCUUAAAUCUCCAAGGAAUUAAAUCCACUUCCCCAUUGACAGCAAGUGCCUCCACAUCAUCACCCGGUAUACUAAAUCUCAAACAAUUUCAAAUUGUCAAUAUCGACCCGGACAAGAAGAAGUUCGUUAAAACUGUUCCAUCAACAUCCCAAACACAAACGACAACAGCCACAAUCACGGGAAAUCCCGCGACGACGACGACGCCGCAGACACUAAAUAAAACAGUGUUUAUCAAACAAAGUGGACUGAAACCACUCCCGGAACACUUGAAACCACAAUUCUUGGCCAAAAAUGUGACAGUUCGAAAGCUCGUGAACUUGGUACCCACUGCAAAGACGUCUGGAGUCAUAACAACAACAGUUUCCCAAUUGCAGUCUGGAGCUGCGGCCGCAACUGCUAAUUCGACAGCCGUUAAUAGUGUAUCUAUUGCUACACCAACAACAACGUUAUCAUCGAUUUUGAAGAGCAAAGCUCAUCAAUCUUGAAGUUUUUUUUUAAAUAUCCGAUGUUAAAAAUAAUGUAUUUUUAUUGAAAAUACAGUUUUAAAUAAACAAAACAAAUACAAAAAUAA